AUGGCACCUACAAUCACUUCAGCAAUGAUCUACUCUAAGGAGCACCUGACUCUGACCAACAAGGUAAAUUGAAGAUUCAAAUUCAAGGACAUUUAUUGACUUUGAUGGAUGGUUUAUUUGUUUCAAUAAUGCCAUAUAUCAGAAUAAGGUUAUUAAUGACGCUCAUCAUCUCUUCUUGCAGCUAAGAAAGCCAGUGGUGGAGAAGAUAUUCAGAGGUCGUAUCAACAGCAGCCUUGAGCAGCUCAAGUCUCUCCUGGGUCCAGAGAUCCUCAACCAUCAACCUGACUCUGAGAUGGAGAAAGCAGACAUCCUGCAGAUGACGGAGAAAGCAGACAUCCUGGAGAUGACAGUUUGCUUCCUGAGACGACAGCAACAGUCCCUGCCAGUGAGCUCCUCAUCCUGCUAAGCACCUGUCAAUCAGGGUUACUCCAGGUGUGUCCAAGAGAUUGGGAACUUCCUGUCCAAGGAUGAGGUGAAGACACAUCCCAGAGAAGACUGCUGAGCCACUUCCAGAGCCUGCAGCCAUCCUCUGAUAAGAACAGGAGGGAGAGUGACCUGCCUCAGCUGAGUCCCCCACCCCAGCACAGCAUCAGCAAAGAGAAGAGUCCAGUCAACAGCGCCCUCUGGAGGCCAUGGUAG